AUGACAACAUCGCCAACUACUACAACACCAACCAAUACAACAUCACAAACUACGACAACACCAACCAAUACAACAUCACCAACUACGAUAACACCAACCAAUACAACAUCACCAACUACGACAACACCAACCAAUACAACAUCAUCAACUACGACAACACCAACCAAUACAACAUCACCAACUACGACAUCACCAACCAAUACACCAUCACCAACUACGACAUCACCAACCAAUACAACAUCACCAACUACGACAUCACCAACCAAUACAACAUCACCAACUACCACAACAUCACCAACUACAACAACAUCAACUUCAGAAUCCACAUCACCAACUACAGCAACCACUUCAACAACACCAACUACAGCAACUUCUGCAACAACACCAGCUUCUACAACGUUUACAUCAAAUACAGAAACAACAACACCAACUUCAGAAACAACAACGCCAACUACAGCAACUACAGAAACUACUACUGUUACCCAGAAUCCAACAUAAUCUUACCGGUAUCGCCACGGUUGUAUAGUGCACAAUGUAUGUUAGUCCAUGAUGGCGUCAUUUCU